GAUUUGUUCAAGCCGGCUUGGCCCGUCAAGGAAGUAACAUACGUAAAGCGUUGGUAGCUUCACCGACGAUAUUCUCACAUAACUAACUCCAUACACCUUCUCUUCUCACCGGCUCUACCAGGUGCUCUCAUAUAUGAUGCGUAACGCAAUUCCUUAAACCCAACACCACUAAAAUCCAAACCCUCCCUGUCAAGAGUCAAGAUGCAUCCUCAUCAACUCCUCAUAUCUCUAAUCGCGCCCACCGCAGCGCUCAGUCUACCCUCAACAAUCGCACCGCGCGCCGCCGCCCAAACAUGCGGUCUUUACAAGUACGCCCAAAGUCCCAAUAAUCCACCAGCAUGUUGGGCAUGGUACGCCUCGACAUCUCCAGCAUCCGACUAUUGUGGAGGCAGCAGCUUCAACACGAUCUCCACAUCGACGUCCUCUUCGUCGUCUUGGCUAGACUCAUGCACAUCUCUGCGCACAACCGAACAGUCCGCACCACGAGAUUUCUUCCUAGCGAAUUAUGCAACAAAUGCAUUCAACACGCUGCUGACUUCAGGAAGCUGUGCGUUCCAAGUUCAGCCCGCGACGCCGCCGUCAAGCGACCAAGUCUAUGUGGGUGGUACAGAUGUAGUAGAUAUUCUCGGAUCUGCAAUAACUGCUAGCCGUGCGGCGGGAGGUAAAGUCGGUAUCGAAGGGUCUAUGACAUGUUCGCCAGGAGUCGUGAGGUGGAGAAUAGUACCUGUGUAAACGGAGAACUCGUGUAGUCGUAAAGGGAGGGGAGUAGCAAAGCGAAAGGUUUACUAGAAUCUGUACAUAUACCAUAUUAAUAGAUAUUUUCUGCCCAAGUAUUCCGAACUAGGAGGGGUUUCUCAUAGAUGAAGUUCCUGGCCCCAUCUCGACCAGACUGCUUCCCUUUUUCUUCAAAACAAAGUACACAUAAUCAUAUCACGAAAAGAUUCCAAAUUGAAAACGAUCAAAUACUUUUUGUAUUGCAGCAGAGCGCCUAUAGCGAAUGUCUCUCCUCAUUCCGUCAACUGAAUACUCUCCCCUUGCACGAGACCUUAGAUCCCCGUUACCUCCCAAACAACAAUGCAUCGUCGCCCUGUUGAUGGCUA